AUUGUAACCAAUCAGAUACUGCCAUUUGUUGCAGAGUUUUGCACAAUUUGUGUAUUGGUCCUCUCGGCUUUAAAUCUCGGAGCGCUUAACCGAGAGGGGAGAAGUCCAGACAGAGGAACACUCCGACGGAAACGAAACCGAAUAGUGCCUUCAUUCUCUGAUUGCUAAACCCUAGUUUGACUCUUCGAAGGCCGUCUGCGCGACGAUGAGUUCCACGGGAUCAGCCAAAGGUGGAAGGGGUAAGCCCAAAUCCUCUAAGUCUGUUUCUAGGUCUCAGAAGGCUGGUCUUCAGUUUCCCGUUGGCCGCAUCGCCCGAUUUCUUAAGGCCGGUAAGUACGCCGAGCGUGUUGGUGCCGGUGCUCCCGUCUAUCUCGCUGCCGUAUUGGAAUAUCUUGCCGCUGAGGUUCUUGAGCUUGCUGGCAACGCUGCUAGAGAUAACAAGAAGAAUCGCAUUGUUCCAAGGCAUAUUCAGCUUGCAGUCCGUAAUGAUGAGGAGUUAAGUAAGCUCUUGGGAUCCGUCACUAUUGCUAAUGGUGGUGUUUUGCCAAAUAUCCAUCAAAAUCUCUUGCCCAAGUCGAUGGGGAAAGGAAAAGGCAAUAUUGGAUCAGCAUCCCAAGAAUUCUAAGCUUCCACCACCCCGGAGUUACAGACUUGAAAGUCUGAGCUUGUUACGAUGGAAUCUGUUUGGCUGCAUUUUACAUUUUUUUAUGUGAUAAGAACAUAUUUUACAUGAAUCCUUUGCUCCCUUUUCAUCAAAGAAUACAUAGCUUUUACAGUUGGGAUCAGUAAAAGAGAGAAAAAUAUGAUGUUCAACGUCUUGGGAGGUUUUGUUUCAAUUGUAAUCCAUAUGAUCAGUGGAAUGAUAUGCACCUUUUUGCCAA